AUGGCCGGAGGACUCUCAGAGGGGCAGCUUCGUGCCAUCGUCAUUAUUGAGCGUGUAUGUUCAUCAAUAUCGAUGGCAGGAUGCUUGUUCACCAUUUCCACGUUUUGCUUCUCGAAAUACUUUAGCAAAUCCAUUAAUCGCCUAGUUUUUUAUGCCUCUUUCGGCAACUUAAUAACGAAUGUCGCUACCAUGAUUUCUCGCUCAUACAUCGACUCGCCGAAUUCAGCAGGUUGCCAAGCGCAGGCGUUCUUGAUCCAGACCUUCAUGCCAGCCGAUGUAUACUGGACGCUGGCUAUGGCCAUCAACGUCUAUCUGACCUUUUAUCACAAAUAUGACGCUAGAGCUUUGCGAAGGAUAGAGCCCAUCUAUUUGCUAUGCUGCUACGGCCUCCCAUUCAUACCAGCAUUCGUAUUCAUUUUCAUAAAAAAUCGAGAAGGAAUUCGAAUUUAUGGACCUGCAAUUUCGUGGUGCUGGAUAUCGAAUGAAUGGGACGUCCUUCGUGUCGCGGCCUUUUAUGCUCUUGUGUGGGUGUGUAUCGUAAUCACGAUGACCAUAUAUAUUGGCGCUGGCCGUACUAUUUACAAAGUACGAAAGCAGGUUUACGUCUUUCAGUCGUCUGACCUGGAUCCCAUAUCAAUCGACGAGGUCACCACAUCGCACCAAUCAACCGAUGCAGCAACUCUGACAAUGGAGUCCAUGUCAGGAAUCGAGCCGUCAAAACUGGGCCACAACAUGAGUCCACCCAACUAUGGCUAUGGAGGCGGUUCAAGCUCAGAAACAGCAACAGCAACAACCACAAGACCUCAAUCUGUCCACGCUGCUACCAACCUUUCCAAUCUGUCAAACCGGUCUGAUGGGUCCUACUACUAUGCGUCAUCACCCCCUCAUAGAGGCUCAAACCCACCACGAACCGGCGGCCACAACAACGUGGCAACACGAGCCUUUCGCUCUAUUCGCCGGCGAAAUCACGAGCGAGACAACGCCGCCUGGUCUUAUACCAAGUGUGCUCUCUUAUUCUUCACGGCCAUGCUUAUCACCUGGAUACCGUCGAGCGCCAACCGCCUGUACUCUCUCACGCAUAACAAAUCUACCUCCGUCCCGCUAGAGUUUAUGAGCGUUUUAGUGCUUCCUCUGCAGGGAUUUUGGAAUUGUCUCGUCUAUGUUACAAUGUCGUGGACGGCGUGCAAGAAUCUGUUCCACGACAUGUGGCUGGCUGUGCGAUCAGCCGCUAUUAGCCGCCUGGAUCGUAUCCGCGGAAGAAAGCCCAGUACCGAUAGCCAAGCAGAAAUUCCAGAGCAGGCAGUCUGA